AUGUCGUUGCCGCCCGGAUUCGUCAAUCUUGGAGCUUCCUGCUUCAUCAACGCGUCCCUCCAGGCCGUUAUCUCGGUGCCGGCCCUGAAGACUGCGAUUCUCAAUGGCAGCUCGAACUCAGAGGUGGCGUUGCAAGCGAUCCUGCAACAGCUGACCGGCGGCAAACAUGUCACACCAAGAACAAUAACUAGUGACUGGUACCAUGGCAGACAAGAGGAUGCUGCGGAGUUUUUAGUCAGACUCCUCGUCGAGACGCCCGCUCUGCAUCCACCGCUACGCGGCUUAGAAGUGCCGCGAUUUCGCUGCCGCCAUUGCGACUGGGAGAGACCGUCGCAACCUGAAGAGUUUCUUUCUCUGCAUCUUCCUCUAGUGUAUGGGGAGCCGCAGUACUCCGUCAAGGCCGCCUUGGAUGCGUACCUCGCCGAUGCACAAGUGCGCCAUGAAUUUCGAGGUUGGACGUGUGGCAGUGCCGAGUGUGCCGCUUCCGACCGCGCUUUCGACGCGCCGCUUGGCUUAACCAACAUCCAAAACUGGCCUCGAGUGUUGAUGCUCGUGCUAAAACGCUGGGAAACCAUCCACAACGUCAUCGGCCACAAAGUGCACUGCGACAACACCCUCGCCGUCGCGGGCCAACAGUACCAGCUCCAGUCCGUGGUCACACACAUUGGCAGAACCGCAAGCUCCGGCCACUACGUCGCAUACACCCGGCACUGCUCCGGUUGGGUGCGAUUCAGCGAUACCGCUGUAAGCCAAGUGCCACCGAAUGUCGUGGGCGACUUUGUCGGAGGGAUGGACGAAAAGGUCUACAUCGCCUUCUACGUCCAAGUUCCUGUUCAACAACAGCCCGACCCUCCACGAGCUCGCCUGCCGGCAAUCGACUUGGACCCCGACAGCGAUUCGGACGUGCUCGUGGACACAGAUGCUUGUCCUCAGCAAGAACAAGUCCAGAGCUACACGGACAUCCCUUCGCCGAACUCCCAGGAUAUCACAGCGGCUUCCGAUGACGGCAAGAAACGCAGUUCUUCGGCUGCCGCGUCGGGCACAGUGAAGAAGCCUCGCACCUCUUCUUUGACAAGCAUGGAGCACGCCCUCAUCGACACCACACUCAAGAACGCGAAGUCUGUGAAAGACGCCUUGAAGCAGCUGGAAGCAGAGAUACCCGGCUUCACCGUGACGGACAAGACAGCUCCAGCUUACGUCCCCAGAACAACUCUGCGUUACAGAUUCAAACACCGAAACAACUUGAAGAACAAUUGGAAUGACGAAUCGAAGCUCUACUUCAAGCCAUUUCUUGCAGCACCAGUUCCUCGAGCUGUGGAGCCCGCCACCUUCAAGGCGGCAGCGUGGGCGCAAACGCAGGCUUGGACUUUUUGCAACAAGUGUGGUCGCCAUCGGCCCCGGACGCAGUCACAGCCCGCCGUCGCUGACAUCGAGUGCAAGCCAGCAUGUGAUCCAGCUGCCAAGUCACUGCUGCUCCCGGGCGAGGUUCCCGAGAGUCGCAAACUCAUGGCCUACGUGACGCCUCAACGAGAAGACUGGAACGAAUUGCUGGAAGCCUUGGGAAGCCAAGACCUCGCCAAAGCCUUGACGGCAGAAGACUUGGAUACAUUGGUAAUCGUUCGCCUCUUUGUCGACUACAAGACUGUACGUGGAGGCAAGAGCGGAGUCACGAGUCUGAAAAAGCAAUCCAUCGUGCGAGCUGAAUGGCGAGAUCAGCCCAUGCAUCAGGUACCACGGAAACCAGCAGCUGCCGCAGCGUUCCUUUGGUUUCUCAACAACAACAGCACUUACAAAGAGUUCGUUGAUAUGCAAGAAGAACUACACCGAACAAAUGCCGACGGCAACAGCUCGACCUGGCGCCGACUGUCGACGGCGGACCUUUUGCUCAACAAACCGGGCAUUGAGAUUGCCGUCAAGCCAUGGUUGUAUCCAUACGCCAGCUACGGAGACUCGGACAUCAGUGUACGCUUGAAGAAUCUGAACUUGAUCAAGCCCACUUCCAAACCCAGUUUAAGAACGAGCUGGGAACGCAAGACGUGUUCUCGCUGCGCCAGCUAUGCCAACGACUUCCUUUUGCAAAGUCUCCUCUACGACAUUGCCAUGGCACGGACAAUCUCCACCGUCUGCAACUUGGCAAUUUCAACGAACAUGGCUCCGGAAGCUGUGGCGGCCGACAUGGAUACCUUCGAGACAUACUGGCAAAACCAGAUCCAUCGCAUGGAAGACAUCUGCCGGCUAGAAUUCGAACGGCAUCAAUGCAUGGAACAGGCCAUGCCGUCGAUCUUCAUCACGGUUGCGCCAGCUGAAUGGACAUUUCCACUGCAGGAAGGCUUGUUCUUCGAGGAGAGCUUGUCCAGGCAACAAACGAUGCUGACUCGGCACAUCUACCACGUUUUGGACGCUUUCCUGCAAGAAUACCUGCUCAAGGACGGCUCUCGUAGAGAGGAACUUGGCAUACGUGCCAUUCGCCAGUGGUCUUUCCGGUACGAAUUUCAGUCAAGAGGGACGAUCCAUGUGCACUGCAUCCUCUGGGCCGAUUUGCUCCCGGGAGUCCAUGCAGAGCAAGUUCAAGGCCGGACAGGCGAGAGACACCAUUCGGCACUCGUCAGGCACCUGGAGACCUUAUUCAACUGCCGAGUGGAUGUGCAAGCGUCAGAAGGACGGCACAACCUCAUGCGGUACGUCAUGGGGUACGUCCAAAAAGCCUCCGACGCUCUGUCCUUCAAGACCUCCGAGGCUUGCAGUGACAGCACCACUUGGCGAACCACCUACCGGCUGCUCUGCAAGAAAGCGCCGCUGGAACAAGAACUUGCCCUGGAAUUCGCAGGCUUAAGCAUGGUACGUCACUCCUUUCUGGGAGCAAACUACUAUGCCCCCAUUCCAGGAAGUCAAGCAAAAAAUGUUAGUCGAUCGGCGUACAAUGCUUUCCAAGAAGGCAUCCGUAGAGGGCACUACGGUGGCUACUGCUUCUUGUCCUGGCUUCGAGACCAUCGCGUUGAGCCGCUGCCGCGUCACGGCUGCAAGGUCACCCCCCGAGCAAACAGAAGUUCGGACAAAGAUGUGGGCGUAGCAAUCCAGUUCCCCUUCGAGUUGCUGGACAUUUUCUUGGGUGCAUGGGCCGCAACGUUUCUCAUCGGCAUGGACGAGCAACGAUUGCUCCCGUGGACGAGCGCGGACUACCCUCAGGGUUUCGCCAUCGAGAAGCAACGCCGAGACAAAUUCGAAGCCCCCCAAGGAUGCCAUCAUCUUAAAGCUGUGCUUUGUUUGAAUGAAUUCCAAACAAACCCGGCCACCGCAAACUUCGCUCCCGAUGUCAACAAGCUCCUUGUAGCGAUCGAGCACGACCUCGUCAUUCGUGGGCUUACUGCCGACCGAAUUGCGACUUUCAAGGCUCGCAUCAAUGCCUCUGCACUUCUGCUGCAACAAGUCGCCCAGGGAAGAGAGGACCCGGAAGCAUGGAGCGCGAGACGCAUAUUUGAGCUGCCCCAACGAGUGUGGUCGAGGGAGCAGCAAGAAGUCUUGGACAUCAUCGCCAAGGGUACCAACAUGACAGAUGCCAACGAAAUCAAGGAAGCUAACCGCUUACUGCACGUCAAGGGCGGCCCCGGAACCGGCAAGACCGAAGUCAUAAUCGCAGCAGCACAAAGAGCACUCGACGAUGGUUGCAAGGUGCUCAUCGCCGGACCUAUCGGCCUAUUGGUGGCAUUGUACCGCACCCGCCUGGCGCCUUCACCGAACUUGACAAUGGAGACUUUACAUGCAAGUUUCAAAGUUACCAGGUCGGCAGACGAGCAGUACGUCCCCCCCGGAAGGUUACGCAGCUAUGAUCUGAUCAUCUUCGACGAAAUCUCCCAGAUCGAUGCUCACGUCUGGAAGAUACUUCAAACAGCACUGGCCGAACUUUACCCUCAGCCAUUCAUUGUUUUUGUCGGAGAUUUUCAGCAGUUGCAACCAAUCCUCGGCGUUCACCAACUACAGCUGGAUCUCGAAAGGCAAGCUGCCCAAGCCUUGUUGCCGACCAUAGAACUACAACCACAUGCAGCUGCCAGAUCCACCGACCCGGUCAUGCUGGACUUCCUCGGCGUGGUGCGUGAACGCCAACCGUCAAGACAGUCCCUGGAGCGCUUCUUUGACGGCCGCAUGUUCUCCAAGAAUCCAGUCACCGCUGCCCGACAAGCCAAAGCUUUCGAAAUCGCAAAUGAGCAGACGUUUACCUUCCUCACCGUGACGAAUCGAGGAGCCUACGCCAUGAACAUGCAGUCCUUGAAACUGGACUUCCCCGAGGCUGCAGCCUCCAUUGAAAGCGGAGCCGGGUACCCCGCGGACUCUGCCUCCGGUCAGGAUCGAAUUCUUGUCGAAGUUGGAAUGCGGCUGCGUUUGACUCGGAACCUGGACAAGGACCGCGGCUUUGUCAACGGUAACCUCGGCAUUGUCAAGUCCAAACUCAGGCCCGACGUCUUUGUCGUCAAAACCAUCCAAGGCGUCCUCAUCCUGGUGCACCCGGUCACAAUCAAGGGCCACAAGUUCAUUCCGGCGUGCUACGCAUAUGCCACAACGAUUCGUCGAGCUCAGGGGGCAACAUUAGGUGCAGCUUGUCUCUGCUUCGACCGACGACGGCCUGACCGCGGCUAUGCGUACGUCGGAGCUUCCAGAGUCAAGCAGCACACACAUCUAUUCCACAUGGGCCCCGUCCGCAGGACGGACUGGUUGCCAGUUAAUGGCAACCCCGACCAGGAACAGAUCUUGCCCAGUGUCCUCAGCGAGUCUACGUACUCGGACGACGAACCGGAGCCCGACAGCAGCACCAUUUCCGAGCCCGGCACAGAGGACUUCGAGAUUGCCAGCUCCACUGAUCCAGACAUCGAGGGCAGUAACUCCGAUCCCUGA